GCUGGCCAGAGUAGGUGACGUAGGUGUAUUUACCUGUCGCCAGGUGCAGCUUCGCCGCAAGAAAUGGAAAUAAACAACCGAGAAACAUUUUCGCUUCUGAUUCAUGCCCUGUGAAACUUGAGCGAAGAUAACAGAAUGCAGCAACAGGGUCAGACUCAGCUUGUCAGUGCCAUCCAGCUUCAAGAGGUCACGCUGGAGAAUGAUUGGAGACGCAGUAACACUGGAGAUGCAGAGGAGGAAAAAGAGCCUGAAGGAUACACUGUUGAACAGGCUGUGGAGGCUAUGGGCUUUGGCAGGUUCCAUAUACUCCUCUUCAUCAUCAUGGGCAGUGCUAAUAUCAUUGAGGCGAUGGAGAUCAUGCUGCUGGCCGUGCUCUCCCCAGAGAUCCGCUGUGAGUGGCGUCUGGAUGAUUGGCAGGUGGCCCUGGUCUCCACAAUGGUCUUCUUUGGUUACAUGCUGUGUGGAGUCACCUGUGGCUAUGUGGCAGACAGAUAUGGACGCUGGACGGUUGUGUUUGGAGGAUUUAUUUGGGCGGCAUACUUCUCCCUCCUCACCUCCUUCUCUCCCUCCUAUGGCUGGUUUAUCUUCCUCAGGUCCUUGGUGGGCUGUGGAGUGGCAGCAACAUCGCAAGGGUUCGUGCUGAAAACAGAGUUCAUUCCCUCUAAAUACAGAAGCUCACUCUUGCCUUUAGCCAGUGUGUUCUGGAUGGUGGGGUCUAUGUUAAUCAUAGUGCUGGGGAUGACAGUGGUUCCAACCCUGGGCUGGAGAUGGAUGAUCCGGAUAUCCAUUGUUCCCAGUCUUGUACUAAUCCUGCUUUUCAAGUUCAUUCCAGAGUCAGCCCGCUUCCAGGUGUCUGUUGGGAAUGUUGCUGGUGCCAUGGAAACGCUGCAAUGGAUCGCUCGGCUCAACGGCGCAAAGCUCCCACCGGGAGUGCUGAGGGAGCCUGUGGUGAAAGAAAGGGGACACGGCUCUAUCCUGGUCAGCAGCACCUUCAGACGCACAUCUGUACUGCUGUGGUACACAUGGUUUGUGGCCUCCUUCUCGUACUACGGCUCGGUGUUGGGCAGCUCCGAGCUGCUGGAGAAGAACUUGCUGUGCGUGACAGACGCAGACCCGCACACACACGUCAGACACGACCAGGAGGGGGCGCCCUGCUACUGCGUCUCCCUCACCCAGGACGACUACGUCACGCUGCUCUUCAGCAGCCUGGGAGAGGUGGUGUUGAUCCCCCUGAACAUUGGGUUGCUGAGUAUCACUGGUAGGAAGCACAGCAUGGCUCUGGUGCAGGUGCUCUCAGCCGCAUUCUUCAUGCUGUUGAAUAUCUGCUCAACUAUGUUUGGAUUCACAGUGUUGCUGUUCAUGCUUCGGGCAGUGGUUGCCAUGAAUUUUAAUGUGGUGUAUAUCUACACUGCAGAGGUUUACCCCACAGCUGUGCGUUCCAUAGGAAUGGGAGUUUGCACAUCUUGCAGUCGCAUUGGAGGCAUGUUGGCACCUUUCAUUGCACAGGUGUUGAUGUCUCAGUCAGUGUUGUUAGCUAUGUUGCCCUUUGCUCUGGCCUGCUUACUCUCUGCUGUGGGGACACUCCUGCUUCCCAUUGAAACUAGAGGACGAGCCCUACUGCAAAAUUCCUGACACAAGGGAAAAUGGAUAGCUUUUUCAUUGAAUAUUUAUAGAUAUUGCCUACACUGGAGAAUGUUUAUGGACUUGUACAAAAUAAAAUCAUAUAGA